UUCUAUCGUACUUUUCGAGGAUCACGUGAAGACGAUGAGUUGAGAAGCCUAACAAUUAAAACAUCUGAUCCACGUUACAUAUAUGAAACAAACCUACUCAUUCGAAUCACGGGACAUACAAACUAAUAAACAAGUGCGAACUGACUGGAAUUAGGCGGUCGAAUGGUAGGACCAUCACCCAUUGAACACUAUUAAACACUUGGAACCGUACCGAAAGAACAAAAAUCGACUGCAAAGAAAUCAAUUGGUUUAUACUAGUUCGUGAAGAAGAUAUUGGAUAUUGGAUUUGUUUGAACAACUCAUUUUUGUAACUAGGACUACUGGCGACUAGUUUCGUUCAUUCAAGAUGAGAGUGUCGAUCGUGCCCUUGCUUUUCUUUCUUUAUUCCUUAGUUGAAGCUGAUGAACUUCCUGCCACUCCUAAGACUUGUCAAGAGUUUUGCAUCGCUAAAUUUGACGGAAGUGAAGAAGAUGCUUGUUCCAGGGGUUGUAUACUUUCAAACUUAAAUUCAGUAUCAAAAGCGUUCACAUGUGAAGAAUCUUGUUCUGAUGCUUACAAAUCGGAUACGAAAUUAGUUGCUGCUUGCAAAGUGGGUUGUGGUGCAACUCCGGGUCGCACAUCUAUAACACUUGGGUUCCUACCAGUUCAAAAUCCUUUCAGAUUCUUUAGCGGCUUCUUCGACAGCAUUCGUAGUUUGUUGGGAGGUGUGGAUAAUGGUUCGGAAGUCAAUGUGGAUACUAAAGCCAAUAAAGUAGAAGGCGACACCGAUUCAGAUUCUGGUAAUCGCGUGGUCAUAUCGCAUGUUCGCAUUUUCCAUAAAUUUUCUCCAUUUGGUGAACGUGAAAAUCCACUGGAGUCACCAUUCAAUUUGAAGCCAAUCUUUAGUGUGCGCGAAAUUAUUCCACAGGAUGAUGAUGAUGAUUAUUUCAAAGCUGGGAAGGACGGAAAUCGAAAUGUUAUCCGUGUGCAUACCAUCGGUGAUGAUGAACACCAACCUGCUUUUGUCGGAAAAGCUACUUACUUCUUCCGUCAUAUUAUGUUCCGACCACUUUUAUUACCACUGCUUAUUGCAUUGCUGAUUGUGAUAUUAUUAUUAAUGGUAAAGUUAACUAUUCAUGCCUGUCGUGUUCGUGAACAUCGCCACAUAGAGUAUUCUCGUUUGCCAACGUAUGUUGAAGCGAUGAAUGUAAAGGUUCCACUUUAUGAAGAAGUGUUGAAAUGUGAAAAAUCACCUGAAAAAGGCCCAAUAGAUGCCUAAUCUUCAUAAAUCAUUUCUGAAUAUUUUCACUUUUUCAGUAAUUGUGAUAAACACAUUAUUCUUUUGUCAUUACUGUAACAGUCACUUGCUCAUAAAUGCACUGUAAGAACUACUCUACUCAAGUUAUUAUGUCUUGUCAUUUUUCCCGUUAUUUUGACCGCUUUUUAUUGUGUUCAUUUGGUCUAUUAAUAGUGUGUCUGUCACUCCUUAAAAACAACUAAGGCAAACAAUAGACUGGAAUAUGUUUGUGAUUUUUUUUUUUCGGCGGAAAGUUUUUAAUGGACCAAAUUAUCUCUUUAUUAUUUGUCUUAUUGCUCUCAUUAAUAUCUGUCAUAUCUAUUGGACCUUUAUUUGAUUGUGUUAUUUUCACAAACUGUUCCUUGUUAUCGUUGCUUUAAUAAAUAUCUUAUCAAAAUGUUGUAUUUUCCAUUGGAAGCGGUUAGCGAUUGAGAUGUGAUUUUUUUUUUGUGUUAUCAUUUAUGUAUUAAUGCUCACUCAUUUGAAUUUAUCAUAAUCAGUUUGGUUGAGGGGCGAGAAUUAUACACAAAGGAGACAGAUCAAUCAUUUUUGGUGAUAGAAAAAAAUUUCUCAUUAGAUUUUUUGUGUUUCAUAUCCAUAUUUUAGUUGUAGUUUGUAGUCAAGACUUGUUGUUGCUAAAUAGAUGGGAUUACGAAUU